AUGUCUACAGACGAGCAAUUACCAGAGACAUCGGUCACACCCGGGAAACAAUUACACCCAAUGGAGGUAGAUGAUCCAGAGACAGCAAUAGAUCAUGCCGUGGUCGGGAAACCAUGGAUGUAUAAACCCAUGUUCAGGAUUGGCUCGUGGGAGGCUCCCUGGUUCGCAUCACCCGAGACGCAGUUGAUUCUCGUUUCAUGCGUGUGUUUCCUCUGUCCUGGCAUGUACAACGCAGUGAGUGGACUAGGAGGCGGUGGACAAGUCAAUGCGACCGAUGUGAAUAAUUCCAACACAGCGUUGUACAGUACCUUUGCUGUGGUGGGUUUCUUUGCAGGUUCCAUUGCGAAUCGAAUUGGUCUGCGAUUGACCUUGUCUCUCGGUGGAUUCGGCUAUUUCUUAUAUGUCGCCGCCCUCCUCUCUUAUAAUAUCAAUCAGAAUGCUGGAUUCCUUAUCUUUGCGGGUGCCCUGCUAGGUGUUUGCGCUGGUUUACUAUGGUGUGCGCAGGGUGCGGUGAUGAUGAGUUAUCCACAUGAACAUGAGAAAGGUAAAUACAUUGCCAUCUUCUGGGUGAUUUUCAAUCUGGGCGGCGUCAUUGGCAGUCUGAUCCCUCUGGGCCAGAAUAUGCACAGCACAGCCGGCAAUGUCGACAACGCCACCUACAUUGCCUUCCUGGUGUUGAUGGCCGUGGGAUUUGCCCUGUGCUGGGUAAUCGCCGAUUCAAAAUACAUCAAGCGAAAAGAUGGCUCCCGAGUCAUCGUGAUUAAAAAUCCCACAUGGAAAUCGGAGUUUCUGGGUCUAUGGGAAACCCUGCGCUCGGAUGCGUACAUCAUCGCGAUGUUCCCCAUGUUCCUGGCCAGCAACUGGUUCUACGGUUACCACUUCAACGCUGUUAAUCUCGCCUACUUCACGAUUCGAACUCGAGCCUUGAACAGUCUAUUGUACUGGCUUAUGCAGAUGGUCGGCGCAUUUAUCUUCGGACAACUCUUGGAUAUGAAAUGGUUCUCUCGUCCGACCCGCGCGAAAAUCAACUUCGGCAUCCUCCUUGCCGUUACGAUGGCCAUCUGGGGCGGUGGUUAUGAUUUCCAGAAAACAUACACCCGAGAAACUGUCAAAGCCAAUAUGGAUUUCACAGAUAGCGGCUAUAUCGGACCUAUGUUCCUCUACAUGUUUUACGGAUUUUAUGAUGCGGCGUUUCAGACCUGCACCUACUGGUACAUGGGAUCUCUAUCAAACAACAGCCGCAAAUUGGCCAACUUUGCUGGUUUCUACAAGGGCAUCCAGUCUGCCGGUGCAGCUGGAAUGUGGCGUCUCGAUGCCGUGAAAACUCCCUAUAUGACCGAAUUCGCCUCUUGCUGGGGUCUCCUUGUCGGCAGCAUGAUGAUCGCCUCACCAAUCAUUUUCUUCAAAGUCAAGGAAAGCACCUCAGUGGAAGAGGAUCUGCGCUUCUCCGACGAAACCACUGCUGAUGUUUUGGGUGGAACUACGGUGCAAACCGACGAUUGUGAAAAGCCCGAGUCUCACGAAGACACUUCUGGCAAGGAGUAA